AUGGAACCAGUGGUCUCGUUGGUGCGAAACCUCAUGUUGCUUUCCGCAACGUUGUACCGCAUCACCUUCGCGGUCAUGUACAAGACGUGCCCCGGCGUUGCUCCACGCCGGUCGGUGCGCCGUAUCUCACUGCUGGCCAUGGCGAAUGGCGUGGAACGCGGACCGAUGAUCUUGCGAGGCACGCCCAUGUAUAUCGUGGGGAAGGCGAGCUCUUCCGCAUACGCAUCCAUGAAAAGCGCCAGUGGGACGCGGUUCUCACCCGGAGCGAGGGAGCGAGGAGAGCAGCGAAGAAAAGGAGACGUCGUGCAAGUUAGCUUUCCGAAGAGCGGAACACAUUGGAUGAUGUUCAUCACACAAUUCAUUCUCAGAAAAGGACAGUUAAUGACAACUUGCGAACAGUUUGACAAAGAAUGGCGCUUCCUUGAGUACAUGGACACCAACGACUUCAGCUCGUCUCUGCCUCUAAGGCUGUUCGCUACGCACUUGGCGUUGAACAAGUGCACCAUGACUCCGGAAGGCAAGUAUAUCUACAUCGCCCGCAACCCGUGGGACAUCUGCGUGUCUUUCUACCAUAUGGUGACCAACAUAACCACUUACGAAUACCUCAACGGUACGUUCGAAGAUUUUGUCGACACAUUUGUCAGUGGCAAUUUCGGCUACGGGGACUACUUUGAACACGUAGCAGCGGGUUACGCUCUGAGAGAAGAACCAAAUGUGUUCUUUGUCACUUACGAGGAACUCAAAAGAAACACCCGUGAAGUGGCGCUGAGGCUAGCGUACUUUCUGGGUGAGCACUACGGGCAUGCUUUAGAGAUGGAUGAAGCGUUAUUCCAAAAGCUACUGGAAAGAUCGCAGCCGGAAUACAUGCGCAACGUGGCUGUUUUCGAUGCGACGGACAUAAACAACCCCCAAUGGAACGAGGUGCUCUCACGAAGGAAGAUUACCUGCAGGGAAGGCCAUGAAGGCGACGAGAACAAGUACUGUUACGUGAGAGUUGGAAAAGUUGGAACUUGGAAAAAUUACUUCACGCCCCACCUGCUCCGUAAGAUGGAGAAUCGCAUUUUGGAGGCAGAAAAGCAGUCUUCCUUCAUGGACCUCUGGAAGGACAUCAGGGAGGAAACGAUCGAAGUUUUGAAGGUUGCUGAAUAAAUAAUCCUACUCUGCUACCUUUA